GUGUGAUCCUCCGGCGGCAGAUUCGUCACUGGUUUGCCAUCUUGUGCUGCUCGCGCGAUCAUCAGAGUGAAUAUGGAGUAAAUCUGCUGAAUAUCUCUGAAUAUCUGUGAUUAUAUCUCUGAUUAUAUCUGCUGAUGUGUGUGUAGCGUGUGUCGUGAGGCAGAGGCACUCCAUGAGGGUUUGGAGCCGGUUCCAUGGCUCUGGUUCUGGCUCGGUUCAGUGUGUUUACAGCUAGCAGCUAACUGCGUUUAUUAUAUUUGAGGAUCAAUGAUGGCAGAAGAUCUCCAGCACAACCAGAAGUCCAACUUUAAUGGACUCACCAAACCUGCCAAAGCAGGAGCGUCUAAGAAACUGAUCAUCAAGAACUUUAAAGACAGGCCGAAGCUGACGGACAGCUACACUGAAGACACGUGGCUGAAGCUGCGAGAUGCUGUUGGAGCGAUUCAGAACAGCACCUCCAUCAAAUACAACCUGGAGGAGCUCUACCAGGCCGUGGAGAACCUCUGCUCGUAUAAAGUGUCGCCCAUGCUGUACAAGCAGCUGCGUCAAGUGUGUGAGGAUCACGUCCGGGCUCAGAUCCAUCAGUUCAGGGAAGAGUCGCUGGACAGCCUGUCCUUCCUGAAGAGGAUGAACCGGUGCUGGCAGGACCACUGCAGACAGACGAUCAUGAUCCGCAGUAUUUUCCUCUUCCUGGACCGGACAUACGUCCUCCAGAACUCGCUGCUGCCGUCCAUCUGGGACACGGGGCUGGAGUUGUUCCGGACGCACAUCGUGAGCGACAGCGGCGUUCAGAGCCGGACGGUGGAGGGAAUCCUGGAGCAGAUCGAGCGCGAGCGCAACGGAGAGACGGUGGACCGCAGUCUGCUGCGGAGCUUACUGGGCAUGCUCUCAGACCUGCAGGUGUACAAGGACUCGUUCGAGCAGCGGUUUUUAACGGAGACGACCCGUCUGUAUGCCGCCGAGGGUCAGAGGCUCAUGCAGGAGAGAGAGGUUCCCGAGUAUCUUCAUCAUGUGGCGCGGCGUCUGGAGGAGGAGAACGACCGUGUCAUCAGUUAUUUAGAUCAGAGCACACAGAAGCCGCUCAUCGCCGCUGUGGAGAAGCAGCUGCUGGGCGAACACAUGACCGCCAUCCUACAGAAAGGCCUGCAGACGCUGCUGGACGAGAACCGCGUGUGUGAGCUGACGCUGCUGUACGAGCUCUUCAGUAAGGUCAAGGGCGGCCUGACGGCGCUGCUGCAGUCCUGGAGAGACUACAUCAAGAGCUCCGGCGGAGAGAUCGUGAGUUCUCCAGAGAAGGAUAAAGAGAUGGUUCAGGAGCUGCUGGACUUCAAGGACAGGAUGGACCUCGUGAGCCAGCGCUGCUUCCAGAGGAACGAAACCUUCAUCAACGCCAUGAAGGAAGCCUUCGAGAACUUCAUCAACAAGAGACCCAACAAACCCGCCGAGCUCAUCGCGAAGUACGUGGACUCUAAACUGCGUGCGGGAAACAAGGAGGCCACAGAGGAAGAGCUGGAGAGGAUUCUGGACAAAAUCAUGAUCAUCUUCCGCUUCAUCCACGGGAAGGACGUGUUCGAGGCCUUCUACAAGAAGGAUCUGGCCAAGCGUCUGCUGGUGGGCAAGAGCGCCUCGGUGGACGCAGAGAAGUCCAUGCUGUCCAAACUCAAACACGAGUGUGGAGCAGCGUUCACCAGUAAACUAGAGGGGAUGUUCAAAGACAUGGAGCUGUCUAAAGACGUCAUGAUCCAGUUCAAACAGUAUAUGCAGAACCAGACUGAUCCCAGCAACAUCGAGCUGACCGUCAACAUCCUGACCAUGGGCCACUGGCCCUCAUACACCCCGAUGGACGUCCAUCUUCCUGCUGAGAUGGUGAAGCUUCAGGAAGUGUUUAAGCUGUUCUAUCUGGGGAAACACAGCGGGCGUAAACUGCAAUGGCAGCCCACACUGGGUCACGCGGUGCUGAAGACUGAGUUUAAAGAGGGUAAGAAGGAGCUGCAGGUGUCUCUGUUUCAGACUCUCGUCCUGCUCAUAUUCAACGAGGCUGACGAGUGUUCGGUGGAAGAGAUCCGCGCGGCCACAGGCAUCGAGGACGGCGAGCUCAAGCGCACGCUCCAGUCUCUGGCCUGCGGGAAAGCACGAGUGCUCAAUAAAACGCCCCGCGGGAAAGACGUGGAGGACGCCGACCGCUUCCACUUCAACAGCGACUUCAGACACAAACUCUUCCGUAUCAAGAUCAACCAGAUCCAGAUGAAGGAGACGGUGGAGGAGCAGGUGAGCACCACCGAGCGAGUGUUUCAGGACCGUCAGUAUCAGAUCGACGCGGCGGUGGUGAGGAUCAUGAAGAUGAGGAAGACCCUGAGCCACAAUCUGCUGGUGUCUGAACUCUACAACCAGCUCAAGUUCCCCGUCAAGCCGGCGGACCUGAAGAAGCGCAUCGAGUCGCUCAUCGACCGGGACUACAUGGAGCGGGACAAAGAGAACGCCAACCAGUACCACUAUGUGGCGUGAGCCGCUCGCUCCUCGCCUCCUCACAAGGGCUUCUGGGCCGCGGUCCACGCUCCGCUCGGGGACGGACGGACUUCAGCAUGAUUGCGAAUGAGAUGCACUUUCUUUUCUUUGUGUUUGUUGUUCUUGAACUUCUGUUUAGCGCGUGUGUCGAGUCUCUUCUACUGUAGCGUCACGUUACGUGUGUUUCUCUCUUCGGCCCUCGUGAUGACGGAAUCAUGUUGAUGAUGUUCUGAUGCUGCAGGGUUUGUCAUGAACCGCUCAGGCAACGGAAACCAGACAGGAUUUCACACACACA